AUGUGGAGUGAUGUAAACUGUGGUACUUGCUAUAACUACACCUGUUCAGAAGGUUUGUGGGUGACUUACCUCUUUUAUAUACCAACAGGCGUUACUAUUAUUAUUAUUAUUAUUAUUAUUACUAUUAUUAUUAGUAUUAUUAUUAGUUCCUAUUCAAAAGCAAUUUCCGAUUUGCCCCAAGCCUUUUUCAAAAAGAGAUUAUAAAACUACUUCCUCCAGAAAGGGUUUACUCUUGACCUCAUUUUGAAAGUGUGGGUUUUCAGAAAUCGAACAUGGUCUACUUUCACGUUUCCAGGCGUUAAGAGUUAUUUUUAUUUAUUUCAUUUGUAUUUUCUCUCUUUCUUAUUGCCAGAGAAGAUCCUAGUUGACUUUCACCAAUUUACACCUUGAUAACCAAUAGGCCAUUUGUACGAUGACGUCAUUUUACUACUACCCAGAAUCCUUCAGGGUAUUGCUUCCUUAUGAAAAUUAAGGCUUUUGUAAUUUAAACCUCACCGGGAUUAGCAAAUUUAAAUAUGAAAGAAAAAACGAAAUGAAUUCUGGUCCUAGCAGUAAAAAAAGCGUCAUCGUGCAAAUGGCCCAUUUCUCUGGCUUCUUAGCUCACAAAAAGUUUGAGUUUACUGUAAAUCUGUUUGUUGCAGAAAUAGUAUAAAUUAAAGGAUUAGUCUAGAAAGAAAAAUAGGCAGUACUCGUGCGAAAAAGGAAAUUAGACGUCUCAAAAAGGAUCCAUAAGCUGGCGCUUUUAGCACUGCAUUACCCCUUCAUACACAACGGUUUUUGUGCUGAUUGACUCAUAUGAGCAACGAUUUUGAAUUUUAUUCUUUUGUUAAAAAAGUUGAUUGACAAUCGAUCGUUUCAUUAUUUGUUUUGUAGGUUGACUGACUGAACGAUUGUUUUGCAUUCGUUUUUAAAAUUAGAUUUUGAUGAAUGUGGAGGAAACAAUAACCAUUGUCAUCAGAACGCCAUCUGCACAAACACUAUUGGUUCCUAUAGCUGCCGGUGCUCCGUAGGAUAUGCCGGUGAUGGCUUGCUUUGCAGAGGUAUUAUGUCGAAUCCCCAAGUUGUAGUUUUUCGUUUAAUUCAUGAAGCAUAGUCAUCAAAGAAACUCACCCAAUGGUAAAGAGACAUCUCUUGUGAGUUUAAGGCUAGCUUGCGGCGAACUUAUUAGGUAGAAAAAGCAUGCUUUUACCGUAAAAUUGCUUGAAAAUAUAUUUUUCAAAUAACUCCUUAGAGGGGUUUAAAUACGGAGCAGCGUAUUAUAGUAGUAAAAAAAGGGUUUAAAGAUAGGCUGGCAAAAAUUAGGAGGGAGAUCUUCUGAGCAACUUUUUUUUUCCAGUUUCAGAGAUGAUAAAAUUUGGACAUUAACCUAAUCUCUAUGAAUAACACUGAGCAAUGAAGUUUAUUAACUAUCCUAAUUUUAUAUUAUAGAGGAAUGCAGACCAUACUAUAGUUUUAAAUACAGCCCAAAAAGGGAAUUAAAGUACGUACGUGGAUUUCCAUACAAUUUCAAAAUCUCAGCUCUCGUAGACUGCGUAGCUUUCGGCUCUGGUUACAACUUUCUUAACAAACCGGAGCAGGGACGCUUGUUAGAUCUCGUUACGCGGGCUUAAACUUUCGGGGAUUCAUUAUGACAGGCUUUCUUGUAUAUGUUGAUUGGGCUAAUAUGCCAGAAGCUUUUUCUCAGCAACUUUUUUUUUCCAAUUUCAGAGAUGAUAAAAUUUGGACAUUAAUCUAAUCUCUAUGAACACUGAGUAAUGAAGUUUAUUAAGCACCAUGGGUAAGAAAAUUUGGUAAUCUAUGCAUCCAAGAAAUUUUGGUUCUGAGAAAAUCGUCCAUACUGGGUACGUCCGUACGUACGUCCACCCCUUCCAUGUAAGCCGGGAUGAAAUUUUGCAUUUCAAGCACCCCACGCGUUUCGGCGGUAAAUCGCAUAGCUUCCCGGCCUCUUGGAGAUAAAAACAUAAAAAUUUUAUAGCGGCGGUGAGAAAAAGGGGAAAUGCUAGCUGCCACCGAGGUGAAAAUUAGCGGCAGCGAAAAAAAAGUGAACAGGAACACAUAAACAUUUCCUCCAUAAAACGCGUAACCAGGAAGUUUCUGCAAGUUUCACGUUGUAGUCGUUGCAAAACAACGGCAAAGAAAUGUACAAAAAAGCGUGCAAAGUUGUUUUUUGCUAAUUAGAAACAAAAAUGUGCUGCACUGGCAGAGUUUUUUUUUUGCUAAGUAGACCUACUGAUUUUUUUUGGCUGUUUUCGUUGCCUUCGCCUUUUGCCGUUACACGAUUCUAUACAUUUUGUUUAGUAAACUAUAGAUAUUAACGAGUGCCUCGCUUUUAGCCCUGGCUAAAUCUUUUUAUUAAAAACUGAAUCCUUUGAUAAUGCAAUUCUAGAGUUUUGAUUGGCUUAGCCAUUAUGGUAUAUGAGCCAUUAUACCAUGCUCUCCAUAUAUGGUCGGUGUACGCGUCAGUUUAAAAUUGGAAGCUAGCUGAGAUUUUUUUUCCGCGAAGGAUAGAAUGGUGCCCGAAGCAAAUCGUUUUCAUUCAUUUCUUAGAAUACUAGAAAAUGCAAUUUCAUCGGGAAAAUAACAAAGAAACAAAAAAGCCACAAGAGCUUGUUUGAAAGUUUAACGAAAACACAUGAAAAUUCAUGGAACUAAAGUACCUUGACCAGCUACGAAAGAAGACAAGUGUUGUUUCUUCACUCGCCGAUAGAUAACUGCGGCUUGUUUAUCCGACAUGAAGAAUAUAAAUCACAAGCAACCAGAAUACAGGCUAUGCAGCCAUUCACUACAGCAAUCGAGCGUCAGUAUAGCUUCUUUUUCUCGUUCAGCAAAACCAGCUGGUGGCUUCAAACAACUUCAUAACAAGUGACCGAGGUAAUAGUUUUUCUCCGUUGUUCUUACUUUUGUAACUGCACCGAAAAUCCAAAUUCACAGUAAUUUCGACGGCUGUUACUUAAAAAUUCUUUUUUUCACAUUAUCUGCCAGGUUUUUUUUAGCUGUCCUGCUGUUUAAAUUCCUAAAAUUUCGAUGAGUUUUUAAAAGUGUUCAUCGCCACAAUGUUUUGAUUUUUCAUUCAUCCAGUCCAGGCGAGUCCGUUCGCGGGUUGACAGUUUUGAUAGACGUGUGACAUGUGAAUAGCGGAAGUCUCUUGUCUUUUUCGGUUUGUUCUAACAAAAUUAAGUCGGGGAGAUUCAACGAGAUUUUGUGGGCGUUUUUAAUAAAACAAUUAUUCCACUCGCGCUUGCUGGAUAUGAGAUGAUUAUAGCCAAAGAGGCGCGUAGCGCCGAGUUGGCUAUUUACCAUUUCAUAUCUAACGCACCCUCGUGGAAUAAUUGUUAAAUACUAGGAGUAAUCGGAGCUUAGAAGAGUGCGUUUGAUAUGUUUCUAAGGCGUACAGGUAGGGUGGAUGGUUAUUGCGAUAGAUUAUAGGCGAAAAGCCCAGUUUCCAUAUGAUCGCUACGAUCGCUGCGAUCGCUGAGAAAAAAAAGUUCAGCGAUCAUAUGGAAACCACUCUCCAGCGAUCGCAGCGACAACGAUCGCUGAGAUAGAACUUUUUAUAUCUCAGCGAUUGUUGUCGCACCCAAUAAUGCACAGAACACCCAACACAAAUUAGGGGUUGCGUUCUCGUACCUCAAACGCAAUUACUGAUUUGCAAGUGACGUCACGGCGGCCAUGUUGGUGAUCAAGAACAAAAACAUUUCUCUCCUCUGGGAACUAAACUCUAUUUUCAUGUAAAUUCCUCCAAAAGAAAAUUAUAUUGUUUGACCCCCAAAAUGGCCGCCUUAUCAAGUGGUUGCAAACCAAAAAUUAGUUCAUUGGUAUACAGACCAUACUAUAGUUUUGAAUACAGCCCCAAAAGGGAACUAAUUAAAGGAGGAACGGUUGUUGAUUUCCCUGCAAUUUUAAAAUCUAAGCUCUCGUAGACUGGGUAUAGCUUUCCGCUCUGGUUACAACUUUCUCAACAAACCCGAGCGGGAACGCUUGUUAGAUGUUGUUACGCAGGCUAAAGCUUUCGGGGAUUCAUUAUGAGAGGUUUUCUUUUAUGCUGAUGGGGCUAAUAUGCCAGAAGCUUCAAAAUCCCAUGGUACUUUGAAUUCCUUGAAACCUUCGUAAAAAGUAAUUUUUUUUGCCUCAGAUAUCGACGAAUGUUCUUCAGGUCACCAGUGUGACAGCAGUGCGACAUGUUAUAAUACUGAUGGAUCCUACACGUGCACAUGUAACAGCGGCUUCACGGGGGAUGGGCGAACCUGUCGAGGUACAAGCCUUUGAACAAAUACUGAAUACUAUAAACGACAGCUCUGUAAAGCUUUUUGAUAAAUUAGGUUAGCUGCCAAUAGGUGACAUCAUACGUAUAAAGAAACUUCUCAUUCUACAUAAAGUGAAUCAAGAUCGUUGUCCUGAUUAUUGCACGUCCUAUUUCAAACAUGUCCGUUCUUCACAUGCUCAUAGUACUAGAUCCGCCAUCAAUUACAACGUUCUGCCACCUCUCUGUUAAAAAAACUCAGGACUUAGCAUAGGAAGUUCGCUAGUGCUUGAGUUUUAUAGAAUUAGUUAGGUCACUCGUAUAUAGAGAUAUAGUUUCCCACGCAAUGUUCGGAAAAGUUUACCAAUUAAGACAACGCCUCGUUAGCAUAUUUGAAGGUUUGCAGAUCAUUUUCAGACAUUUAUUGAAGUUGUAGACUUUUUAUUUAUUUGAUAUUUUUUCAUAACUAAUUCCUGUUGUGUGGCGGGCCAUUAUAAAAACUACCCGGUAAACGGUAAUGUUUCUAUCCUCGCUGUUCUUCUUGUUCUACUUGGUCUUCUUGCUCUUCUUCUACUGAUGUCGUUUAAGUAACAAAAAAAGAACUGCGGUGAUAACCAUAAGGAAAUUUAAACGGAAGAAAAAAGGCUUUAACUUGGCGUUUCGUAUGUUCCAAACCUACAUCUUCGGCGGCGGCCUGUACCCCCCUCCUUAAUUUUAGGCUAAACGGAAGCCUGAAGGGUUGUCAUGAGUAAAAUCAUUUUCUCGGCCGAGCCCUCUGAUCUGAAUUCGCCACUACUUACAUGCACAGAAUUGAAAGCCAUCUCUUCUCAAUGGUCUACUACUGUACUUGUUAGGUCUUGAAAAUUUCACUCCUGUGACUAUGACAUUCGUUGAAAAAAAAGAAGGUCCAGCUUAAAACAAAAUAAAAGUCUUCUUAUCUUCCAGAUGUUGAUGAAUGCUCGCUCAACACCCAUGACUGUCACUCCCAUGCAAUCUGUACUAACACAGAAGGCUCAUUUACUUGCAAGUGUGACGUGAAUGCACAUUACAUUGGUGACGGGAAAACAUGCACUCCUCCUCGUAAGCCGAAUUAUAUGUUUUACUUCAUUUUAAUUCUCUUCGUUUUACCACUCUGCCAAUUGCUAACUUCUACUUUGUGGGAAAAGUUAUCCACCAAUAUUUAUGUCGCCAAAGAGCGACCCCUCACCUGCCUGUCCAUUAUCUUGAUUAUGCUCUUGUCCAAGAAUAUACUCUUAAUGAAAUUUCAAAUGCACCGCAAGCGAGUUUUUCGUGCUUAUAUUUUUGGUUGCUUCUGACUUUCGUGGGUACUUUAAUUUUGAGUGUAUUUUAGGCUAACCUCGCCUAUAUUUUUAAUAAGUCAAUAGUUUUUGGUUUGGUUUGUUUUGUUGUUUUUUUUUUUUUUCAGGUAUAGCAAAUACUGGAGUCGUUGUCAGUUUUCGAAAAACAGCAUCUUUUAACAGGAUGAAUUUCUGAUUUACUUUCUUUUUACCAGGUGGUCUCGAUGACUCCGUUAUUUUAGCGAAUGAUGCCAGCAAGAUAUCGCAGUUAAAUACCUGGCUUCUUCCGCACUUGCAAAGUUCAGAAAGAAGUUAUUGGAAACUGUGUUAUAGGGCCUCUAAUCGUGGCUGGAGUUCACAGACCUUUCACACCUAUUGCGAUAACAAAGGACCCACUGUAACAAUUGUUAGGGUCGGGAUCUAUAUUUUUGGAGGCUACAACGACAAUUCAUGGCAGUGUAAGUCUUUGAAAUAGCUAAGAUACGAAGAAGGUAUCGAGCAGUUAAACUGAAUUAAAACCGGGGGUUAUUAACCCCAAAUGUAAAAGGAAGGAGAGACUGGGCCUUUACAAUUUUCGCAAAUAGUUCAAAACAAGUCUAGUCUUAACUAGAUUGUCAUUAAUCACUCGCAAUACUGCUAAUUGGAGAGGAUUGUGUGGUAAGAGUUUAAUCAAAUACUCGAAACCUGACAAUCUAAUCCAAAGUCACAACAUUGCUGAAGCAUGAACUGCAUUCUAAAAAUUUGCCAUCGUUAUUAUUGAGAAAAAAUUUUGACAACCAGUAGUUUUGAUUGGCACAAUCUGGCACAUUUUCCAUGCAUUAUCGGUGAUGACAAUUGUUUUAGCCACUGGCUCCUCCUUGUACAUCGGCUUGGCCGUGCGUUUUCUUGUACGAUCGGGGAUUAGACGUAUCCAGAUCUAGAAAAAUAAAUGUUUGUUCAGCUUAAAACGCUUCGAACAUGCCACCAAAAAACUGUGCUGAGUCCUGGGGCUGCUGUAUUUACAAUUUAUUUAUUUAUUUAUUUAUUUAUUUUUAACAAGCGCGUUUGAGGUGGGGUAUGGGGCUUAGUGGAGAAGGUCGGGCUUAAUACUGCUGUACUGCAGCUGGUUCUACCAGGUCUUUUUCUUGAAAUCUGAGAGGUGUGGACCGCCGUUUCUUUUAAAUUUCUAAUGGAAAAGCCCUGGGGACGAAGUUGGUGGCAACUUGUGAUGCUCCAAUUCAUGAGGAUUUGAGCGUGAUUUAUGUGGUAUUUCACACAUUAUAUACAACCUCCCUGCGCUCAGUAUUUACUAACCCACCCCGUUUCCUAAAAAUACACCAUUUUAUAGCUGUGGGCUUAGUAUCCUAGACUUUGAGUGAGUGCAAGACUGAGGUUGACCAUGAUAGAUAGAUAGUUAGAUAGUUUAAUUACCAAUACUUUGCAGCCCAAAGGCUGAAUUGCGUAUUUACAAACGAUGCAAUUGAUAAAAUGUGUAUAUAAAACUAAUUACAGUAAAUAAAAAAGUGUGAAAAUGUGAUAAAAAAAUUAAAAAUCUACGUAUAGGAUCUAAUAAUAAAACUAUUCCUAAAACGAUCGGUCUUGCAUUUAGGUACAAUGAAGCACCUGUUGCACCUUACGAGCAUAACAAUGUUUUGAUACAAACCUCUUUUGUUUUCUUAUGGAAAUUAUACUUAAAAAGUACUAGUUAGAAUUAAAAAAAAAACACGAUUUACAUAUUAAGAAAGCAGAAAUGGUUGUAUCAAAGCAAGGUCCACUCCAGCCUCGUUUCCACCCAUAAUUGUAAAAUGGUCUAUUGAACUCGACUGAGUUACACUGAAUCUCUACUUGUUUGUGUUCUGUUUUUUGUCUCUUCAGGGUCUGCUGGUUAUCAAUAUUCGACAAAUACCUUCUUGUACUCACUGA